AUGAAUUUGCUCUUGUGUAAAAAUAAAAAGUCCAAUGGAGAAGGGGAAAAGAUAAAGAAUGAACAUAGAGCAUUUACAGAAAAACGUGAAAGUAUAAUUCCUUUAGAAAAUAAGACAGUUGCAAUUCCUUUUUGUUGUAGUAAAUACAUAAUCAACAACUCCUUUUCAAAGAUUCUAAGCCCUACAGACGCUAGAUAUAGUGAUGGAUUCAGCAGAAACUUUAAAGGCACAAACAAUGUGUUCUCAAAUACUAAGGAUCAUGAACCCCCCAAUACUGAUACAGAUAUGUUUGAAAGAAACGUUGAACCCUUUAAUUCGGUUAAUUUUGAAGGUCACAGCAACGUGAAACCUUUGCAAAAUACAUGUUCUGAAGGGGAAAUGUGCAGCAUAUACUCAAAUUUACAAAAUACUAAUACACAUAGUACAAUUAGAAAAUUAGAACAUUUUGACUACAUAAUGUACAACAUAAUUAAAAAUGAACACGAGAAAAAGUUACAGUUGAAAGAAAAUGUAGAAUCCAAAAACAAUAUUACCAUUAUAAAUAACCUGUAUUCCAAUAGAACACAAAUGGUAGAUAACGGUACACUUAAUCUUGUUCAGAUUAAUAAAAACAUUGCAAAUUCAGAAAGGAUAUGUGAGGAAAACAACAGAAAAUUGCAAGAUACUAAAUGCUCACUGAUGAAAAAUGGUAAUGUAAUGAACCAAAUUAAAAUGUCUAAUGGUUAUAAUGCGAAAAAGGAUAGAAAAUCAUCUGCGAAAUCAGGUAAGGAAGAUGAUUUACUUGUUGAUUCUGAAAAUGAGUUAAGGAAAGAACAAUCUUUGUCUAUGAUAGAUACUCAUAAAAAAAACGUAGCAGGAAGCAUAAAAGGAAACACUGAUCAAUAUAAUGCUUUAGGACAGCAUUAUGACAUAUAG